GAGUGGGCGGAGCGGACUUAUCAGUCCAGAUAGGCUGAGGAGAGAGGAGAGAAGAGGAGAAAAGAGGAGAAGGACCACAGAGGAGAGGAAGAGACGACCGUGUGAUAUUUAGUUUCUUAUUUCUCAAGGAAAGUUGUCCAAAAACGGCAACGUUGUUCAAAGCGAUGGGGAACCGGGUCGCCCGUGAGGACUACGAAUGGGUGUAUACGGACCAGCCGCACGCCGACAGGAGAAAAGAGAUACUGGCCAAAUACCCUGAAAUCAAGUCGUUGAUGGGUCCGGACACGAGGCUGAAAUGGGUUGUGUGCAUGAUGGUAGCUGUACAGUUUUUAGCUUUCUACUUGGUCAAAGACUUGGACUGGAAAUGGGUUCUGUUUUGGACUUAUGGCUUUGGCAGCUGCAUCAACCACUCAAUGACACUUGCUAUUCACGAGAUCUCCCACAACGCAGCCUUUGGAAACAACAAGGCCAUGUGGAAUCGCUACUUUGCCAUUUUUGCCAACCUGCCCAUUGGUCUGCCCUACUCUGCCUCCUUCAAACGCUAUCACCUGGACCAUCACCGCUACCUGGGUGGAGACGGGGUGGAUGUAGACAUCCCCACUGAGUUUGAAGGCUGGUUCUUCUGCACACGCCUACGCAAAUUCAUCUGGAUUAUUCUGCAACCGCUGUUCUAUGCCAUUCGGCCCCUCUGCAUCAACCCCAAACCUAUCACUCGGCUGGAGGUGACCAACGUGGCCGUCCAGCUCACCUUUGACGUCCUGCUCUUCUGGCUGUUGGGGGCCAAGCCCGUGGUCUACAUGCUGGCGGGCUCCAUGCUGGGGAUGGGCUUGCACCCCAUCUCUGGUCAUUUCAUAGCUGAGCACUACAUGUUCCUCAAGGGCCAUGAGACCUACUCCUACUACGGCUCCCUCAACCUGCUCACCUUCAACGUGGGCUACCACAAUGAGCACCAUGACUUCCCCAGCAUCCCAGGAUGCAGGCUGCCCAUGGUGAAGAAAAUAGCGGCAGAGUAUUACGAUGACCUGCCUCAGUACUCCUCUUGGGUGAAGGUCCUGUACGACUUCAUCAUGGACGAUGCACUCAGCCCUUACUCUCGAGUGAAGAGGAAGCUUCGGGGGGAAAUCAAACAGGAGUAACGUCGCCGCGCGCCGGGGAACGAAGCUUCAGGGUCCGUCGUUUCAGCGGCCUCGGAUCGCCAUCCGGGGCUCGACAGCUUUUGCAUAUUAAUACAUUCAGCUUGGAAAAUGAGAGUGGAAAUUAAUGUGAAUGUUCAGAAGGACCGAGACAUUGUGUGUUUAGAUCAGUAUGUUAGAUGGAAAAUAUGAGUUUGUGUGAUUUAUUAGCAGUACCUGGCUCCGAUCAAACAAAUCAUUUUUGCUAUGUAUUCUAAACGACCUAUAAAUAGAUGGGUGGAUUGUCAUAAAGUCUGGUACACACACACGUCACCCUCAGGAUGAUCUCUUCUAAUUUUGCAAAAUAUGUCGCAAUACGAUACAUCUUCUCAAUUUGUCCAAUAAAUAGUGUGGUUUAAAACUAACCCUGACGGCCACUGAAGGCAUCGGCAUUGUGAUCAGGCACUUUCACUGCUGGCCCUUCUGAACAUGUGUGCUCUUUACACAUUGGAUAUGUAAUAUCUCUGAGGCCACCAAGAGUGCAUCAGCACACUGAUCAGGAAUGUGUAAAGAAAACAAACGCCCACCACAAUGAAAUAUGAGCAGACUGUUGGAAGGCAGUAUUUAUUUAAUCCAACCAUUUAUUUAGAGCUCCGUUGUUCUCGGCUCACUACUUAAAUAAGUCCGUCUUUCUGAAAGUGAUCUUGGAUUUUAUACAAACCAUUUCAAAACUCCUCCCAGAAGAUUUAUCGGCCUUGUCUCAAUGUGAAAUAGAAAUAGUUGAUGGCUCCAACGUCACGUGGCAAUAUGCCGUUUUGGGCAACUGGAUCCAUUUUCAAUGUGAAUCUUUUCGUCAUGACACCCAAAAGCUGUUGUAACUCUGCCCCAAAUUUCACAAGACGCAUAUGUCCCGACCCAAUGGAUGACUAUAGCCAUAGCACCACCUACUAACAGGAAAUUAGCAGUAUCUGACAAAGAUCGUUUCAAUUAAAACAUGAAGUUCAAAUGGUGUGGCACACAUAUGAAAUACAGCAACGUGACCCAAUAGGACAGAAUGGGUGUCAUUUCCAACACGAGCUUCCUGCCUGCACCUCUGACACGCACAGGCCGUCCUUAGCCGCUUGCAGAUUUGUAUUUAUUUGUUUAUUUGCUCAUAAGAACAAAAUAGUUAGAGAUCAACAUAAAAGCAGCUGUGUGUGUCCAAGUGGACCAAAGUUGAACCCGGAGGGAAUCCACUCGUCCUUAAGAUCCCUCAGUAUGAAGUUGGUUGGAACGUGAUCUGGUUUAAAAAAGGAACAAUGCUGAGUUUAUGGGAAGGCUUUAGUUUGCUUCGUUAAAUGGAGUUUAUUUUAUUUAUUUUUUUAAUUGAUCUGCUCUUUAACAUGCAACACCUAAUGUACCAUAAUAUUAUGCAACCUGUUGUCAUGCUCCAAACAAACUGUUUAAAGUUGAGAUGAAAGCGUAUUAUUCCUCAGUGCCUCAGAGCUUUGUUCGUGGUGUCGAUUUAAAUGUAUUCACUUUGAUGAAAUAAAGCUAAUUUUUGACUGCUUAAAAGCCAAGGAAAUAAAUAAUAAAAAAAUAAUUAAAAAAACGUUGUACCCGUUACAAUAGAGAAGGGCGGCAUUUAGACCGGGGGCUUCAAACCCCCGAAAACCACCAUGUGGAAGCUUAUGCAUUUGUCAGGUGGAAUAAAACAAAACAAAAGAUUAUAAAACAUGUACUUUUCAGCAGGAGGGAGCAUACAGGUUGACUCGACUUCAGGGGCAAAGUUAGCUGGGAGCAAGCUGUGUGCAGAGGUUCCCGAUGUGGAGAUACACAACGUGUGUCCACGUAUGUAUAUUGUACACAUCGCUGUUGAUUCUGAUGAGUUUUGACUUUUAUUCAUGGCAUUAAAAGUCCUUACUUAAUCUGCUAUGAUAUCAAACUAUAUAAUACCUGAAAAAACAGCAGAAAAUAGGAGUUCAAAACUGGUCACGCGGUCUGGAUCUGCCCCUAAAGGUGGCGGUCCUGGACGGGUUCUGUGUUUCAACGUCGUCCCCGUGUUCUUUUAUGGACAUGCCGAAACAUAAAUACUAAUAUUCCAGAAGUUGCAGAAAAGUAGAGACAAACAUCUUCUGUCUUUGACUCCACAAAGUCAUGUUUGUUCAGCAAUUAACACAAAAACUGACUUUACUCCUAAACACGCAACAUUACCAUAGUUACACACUGAUGCCAUUAAAGGGACCAUGCCCACUUGUUACUCCACCAGUGUGAAGGGAAAAAUGGCACAGAAAAAGUGCAUAUAAUAAAAUACAGGCUUGUUUUAAAUAUUGCUUGGGAGAGGGACGUCUGCUACAACAUAUUUUGCACUUAGCGGCUCACGUUGCUGCAGGACUUAAAGUAACAGGUUAUUUUCUAAACAAAUGUCUCACAAUUUGUAAUUCAUUUUCUGGUAAAUGAAUAUCAAAGUUUUAUUUUCUCAUAAAUGUAACUAUGA